AUGGAAUCAGCCCACAUGCGAAAACCCUACAGCGGGUCCUCGCGCUCUCUCGUUAUUGCCUUCGACGUCGGCACGACUUUCAGUGGCGUCUCAUAUGCCAUCCUAGAACCGGGGGAGGUCCCCAAGAUACACGGUGUAACAAGAUUUCCCGGACAAGAACAUGUAGCUGGUAAUUCAAAGAUACCCUCCGUCAUGUAUUACAACAGAAGCAGCAAGAUGGUCGUAGCCGGUGCAGAGGCAGAGGAUGCUUCAAUAGCAUCGCAGGCAGAGGACGAAGGCUGGACAAAGGUCGAGCUCUUCAAACUUCGCCUACGGCCCUCCACAAUGAAGCUCAAGAUGAACGGGCUCCGGCUGGCCUCUCUUCCGAAGCACAAAACUGCAGUCGAUGUCUUCGGCGACUUUCUCGGGUACCUGUACAAAUGUACACGGACAUUCUUCACGGACACCCAUGCUAACGGCCAUGCGCUCUGGAAUGCCGUGCAGAACGACAUCCAAUUUGUGCUAUCUCAUCCGAACGGGUGGGAGGGCGCGCAGCAGACGAAGAUGCGGAGAGCCAUGGUCUAUGGCGGAGUCAUCCCGGACACCAACGAAGGCAAAGCUCGGAUACGAUUCGUCACAGAGGGCGAGGCGAGCUUGCAUGCCUGUGUUUUGAACGGCCUAGCGGCGGACGUGCUUUCGAGUACGUCGAACCACGGGUUCUUAAUUGCUGAUGCUGGCGGUGGCACGCUCGAUCUCAGCUCGUAUGCGAUUCGCGGUGUCCACCCCCUCGUAAUCGAGGAAAUUGCCCCGCCGGACUGUCUAUUCGCCGGAUCCGUAUUCGUCAGCCGGCGUGCCCGCGAGUUCCUAGAAGAGAAGCUGCGUGGUUCCAAGUAUGGCUCCGCAGACUCCCUCGACCACAUCACGAAGCGGUUCGAUGAGACCACGAAACGGCUCUUCCGGGCGAAAAAGGACCUGCAGUUCAUAUCUUUCGGCUCGCCGCUUGAUAAGGACAUGUCUGUGGGCAUCCGGAACGGGCAGCUGAAGCUAUCAGGAUCGGAGGUUGCGGACUUGUUCGAACCGUCAAUUGAAGCUGCGGUCGCCGCAAUUAGGCGACAAAUUGAAGCGUCAAAUGGGUUAAUCGAGUCCAUUUGGCUGGUUGGUGGCUUUGCGGCAAGCCCGUGGCUGUUCCAUCAGCUGCAAGAGAGGUUGGCCCCUGUGACCGUUAGCAGGCCUGAUUCUCAGACGUCGAAGGCCGUUGCCGACGGUGCGAUUGGGUUCUACUGCGACCACCAUGUCUCCGCGCGCAUGUCCAAGUACAUGUACGGCGUGGAGUAUCUCCGCGAGUUCGACCCCAACGACCCCGACCACGUCGCGCGCAAAAAUAGGCUCUGCGAACUCCCCUCUGGCCCGAAAUUGCUCCCAGACGCGUUUGAUUGUAUUCUAUCCCGAAGUGUGAGAGUGAAAGAAUCAACGGUGUUCACGAGGAAGUACUGUACAGAGUUGACGAGUUUGUCAUUGCUCUCUGUAUUUGAGGUCGAGAUUUGGUGCUUUAGAGGGGGAAAGGAAGUCCCCAAGUGGAUCAUGCGCCAAGCAGAGGACUUCGGCACGCUAUGUGUUGUACAAGCAAACCUGUCGCCGCUAGCAAGCAGUGCUGAGCCUAAGACGGGGAGAAACGGGAAAACGUAUUGGACGAUUGUAUUCUCAGUUGAAAUCCACUUUGGUCUCACCGAGUUCAAGGCUAGGAUUAAAUGGAACGAUAGUGGAGUAACGAAGUACGGUCCAGCAUCCAUCAUUUACAACGAAAGUGGUCAUCGAGCGGAAGAAGAUGAGCCCGAUGAUUCGCCUGAAGACGAGCUCACGAUCGGCUCAACCGCCCCUUCAGCUGCUGCAUCACGAGCACCAUCACGCAAUGGAUUCAACGGCUCCCCCAGCAAACCACCCUCAACGCAUAGCACGCCGAAGCAAGAGUCCUUCCACGAUAUACCUGAUGUCGUCAGAGCCGAUCGUGAUCGUGGCCUUGCGCCAAGUACACAUACCCGGCAUUCAUCAAUUUCCCGUCCAUCAGUCGUUACAGACAAGUCGAACUGGAGGGACAGUCACGCACCCUCAGCCAAUGGCCGGUCAUCUAACCCUGCUUCUCCUGCAACCGAGCGUGCGGCAAGUGGGAGCUGGCGCAGUGACGCGGGUAAGAGCGAACGGUCGUCGAAAGGCAAAGAUAGAGAGCGAGAUAGCUACGUCUCUGACGCCGAUCGUGACCGGGGUAGGAAGGAUAAGCCGAGGGAUAGGGAGAGAUCGAUUAAUGGGGAGCAUGAACGGUCGUCGGUGUUGGGCAAGAUUGGGGAUGCGCUCACGUCUGUAUGGGGGGCUGCGACUUCGCCAGCACAACCCCCCACAUCUGCGCCAUCUGUUAGUAGCCCGCUUGCUUCCAAGGCACCUUCUAUGUAUGGGCGGAGGGACAGUGUUGCUGCAGAGAGCAUGGCGAGAACUCCUAGGGAGGCAAGAUCCCGGCAUUCGCCUGCUGCCAACGCGUCUGCCUUGUUUGAUACUGGACCCCAGGACAGAUCCCGGGGUAUGGAUGCUGAAGCCUCGCGCCCGCUCAGCUCUGUUAGCUUGAUGCCCGGCAGUAUGCCUGAGCCCGAACCUGAGCCAGUCGUGCAGGAAGUGCAGGAGGAAGUCCCUCAGCAUCUGACUCCGAGAGCCCGUGGGUUGGAGCUCGAGGAGACGCAACCACCACCUGACCCUGCCCCAGACGACACUCAGAGCAUCGCCCACAGCACGCGCUCGCCUAAGGCCCCUACUCCGCACUUGACGCCUAGACCUCGAGAACUGGACUUGGCACAGCCUGAGGAGCGGCAUGAGUUGCAACACGAAGUGCCAGAAACCAUUGCGCCCGAGGCUACCCAACCCUCGAAGGCACCGUCCAGAGUGGCGUCCAGAGCAGCGUCACGAGUGCCGUCGCGAUUGCCGUCGCGUGCAGCUUCGCCUAAACCCCCGUCAAGAGCCGCGUCGCCUAAGCCACAGUCGAGAGCAGUAUCGCCUAAACCACAAGAACCUGAGCCCCUCCCUGAACAGCCAGCCACUAGCGGGGAUCUUGGCUCACUCUCGUUUGGGUUCGGUUCGUCUGGGGACGACUUUGCGUCUUCCCUCGGGACAGGUUUUGGCACAUCCAUUACAGGGUUUGGUACAUCUACAGGCUUUGGCUCGACUGGAGGCUUUGGCUCAUCAGGCUUUGGUUCUACUGGUGCAGGAUUUGGUUCCACCGGAGGAUUUGGGUCCACUGGUGGGACUGGCACCGGGUGGGGUAGCGCAGCGACUGGCUUCGGAUUUGGGGAGGCACCCAAACAACCGUCGCCGAAGGCUUCGCCUGCAAAGGUUGAAGCUCCCUUGGAAGAUCCACCCGCGGCGGAUAGUUGGGACAGUUGGGGUGCAUCGACGAAGAAAAAAGGGAAAGCUGCUUCGAAAGCUGCUUCCAGAGCUGCUUCCAAGCCUGCUUCCAAGCUUCCGUCACAAGUUAAUACUCCGUUGGUUGCUGCAUCUGAGCCACCACCAGAGGAAACUCCUGCGCCUGCCGAGCUUGUAGAUGCUCCUGUAGGAGAGGCGCCUGCACCUGAACCUCCAGCACCAGAACCUGUGGUGGAACCUAUUACUCCUGCCGCUGAGGAAUCUGCAUUUGAGACGAAGGGAGCUAAGAAAAAGAAAAAGAAAGGCAAGGGAGGUGCCAGUGAGGUUGCUACUCCAGUUGAAGAAACACCGCCCCCCAAAACACCUGUCGUGGAACCUGCUCGUGUGCCCACGCCCGAGCCCGCCGCCGCCGCCCCAGCUGCAGCAGAGGGGACCACCGGAAACGACACAUGGACGUUCGAUGUUGUCUCUCCGCCGGCUGGCUCUGCAGAUAAUCUCCCCUCUGCGACCUUCACCAAUCAUCUUGGAAUGUCAUCCUUCGGUGCGGGCGGCGCCACUCUACUAGAUAACAUCGAUUUGUCGCUAUCGGCACCUAAAUCUCCCAAAGUCGCUGAGACUUCCGAGUUGCUUUCGUCUUCUAAACCGGCUUCGCCCAAACCUUCACCAAAACCCUCGCCCAAGCCUAGUCCUAAGCCAGAGGCUUCCGCUUUACCCGAGACCUCAGCGAACCCCGAAGUUCCUGCGGAGCCAAUGUCGAUCCACCGGCUGCUGAACCGGAAGCGAUGCCAGCUGUCGAAGAAACGAAGGCGGAAGAAGAUAAACUACAAGUUCCUGGCGCUGGCGCUGAUGACCCAACAUCACCUACUACUCCGGUCACCCCAGGGGACGAGGGUGGGGAGGAAAACGCAGAAGAAGCUGAAGCUGCCACACCCGCGGGCAAUAAGAAAGGUGCCAAGGGUAAGGCAGGUGGAGGAGCUGCCACAGGCGGAGGCGGAGCUGGAGGAGGUAAGAAAAAGAAAAAGAAGAAGUAAGGACUUGGGGUCCGUCUUCUCUUGCUUUCUCGUCGUAAAAAUGUACAUGCACGAUCUAUUGUUCAAGAUAUAUGUUAUAUUCGUAUAUGUUUCUUAG